AUGAAGGUCGGCCACUCCACGUCCACUGUGGAAGCGAUCGUGUCGACUUACCGCAAAGCUCCUAUAACACUGUCGAUCUUUGCGUCGUACUUUAUCUCGAAAGUUUGCUCGAAGCUGUGGCUCGACUACCGCCUCUUUGUUUCGCUUCCGGGAGGCCCGCUGCCCAAGAACAUCAUCGGAUGGUCCAUUCACUACUUUGUGCUUUCGCCUCUCUCGCUUAACAGCUCUUGGACCAGCACGAAGCUGGCGCGUUGCUUCUUUCCCACCACCUCAAAAUCCAACACAGGGCGUUUGUCCACGGGUUCGGAGCUUCUACCGAGAAAAGGUCCACGUCCACUAACAGCAGGAACCAUUCCCCAUCGACAGCUUGAUCAGUUCUGCUGCGAAUCAGGCGAACUUUCUGAUACGUACAAUGACACACCUCUUCAAGUGAAGGAGGCUGAGUCCAGCUCGAAAAAGCAAGCGCAAGAAGCGAUACAGCAUGUCCUGUCAUCGUUGCAGCGCCAAGCUGAUGUUCAACCGUCACAUCUUCGCCUGGGUCCUUCCAUGAUCGAGACCCACUCGACCGCUCUCUUUGCCAUAUCACACACGCUCGUCACCGGCAGCGACUGUGUCUCUCGAUCUACCCGCUCUGCUCAAUUCCCCUCCAACCUGUCUCGUCGCUUCUUGUCCUCGACCAAAGGCGAAUUCGUUCACGUGCAUUGCCAGGUCACGUCUGAAAGUGACAGUGCAGAAGCGCCAUGGUCAGUAGACGGAAGUCUUCACAUGACCUUGCAUCCCGAUGACGCUGCGCUGGUGGUGGAGCAGGGCUGGGGCGAAUUGCACUCGCUUGCAGGCUUCCCCUCCUACUCGGGAUUCUGGAUCGGAUGGCCCGCGUGGCUGACUCGUUCACGUCCUUCAACAAUGAAGUCGGCACGAUGGUGGUCUUUGAGUUCUGUUCCCACGGCACCAGACGCAAGAGUGUCCAAGGCGUUAGGAUUACCACCCACCUACUGCCUUGUGUUUAGUCCAAGGAACGUAGAAGAAGCCAAUGUGGUGCUGGAAAUUCUUCAAGCAGCCACGGCGUUUGCGAUUGGCUCUCCGGCCAGAUAA